CCAAGUGAUGCGCGAUCUCUUCCCAUCUUAAACAACAUAGAGGGACUCGCCAUGAUAAAUAUCGAGAGCGACGAUGAUGCUAACUGGUCUCCUUCCGCAUAGAUGGCCGCCUCCCGCACUGCCACCCGCACUCUCCGCGCUCUGCGCACCUCGACUCGUCCUGCGCUCACUGCCGCGCCCCGCGCUGCUUUCCGCCAGGGUGGUCGUCGUCUUUACUCUUCUGAGCCUGCCAAGUCCGGUGGCUCCAACAUCUGGGCUUGGGCUAUCGGUGCCGGUGCUCUCGGUGCCGGCGGUCUGUGGUAUCUCAACCAGGACGGCGCUUCCGCCACCCCCAAGGUUUUCGCUCCCAAGUUCGACGACUACCAGGCCGUUUACAAUGAGAUUGCCUCUCGCCUCGAGGAGAAGGAUGACUACGACGACGGCAGCUACGGCCCCGUCCUCGUCCGUCUCGCGUGGCACGCCAGCGGCACCUAUGACAAGGAGACCGGCACUGGUGGCUCCAACGGUGCUACCAUGCGCUUCGCUCCCGAGUCUGACCAUGGUGCCAACGCCGGCCUGAAGGCUGCUCGUGACUUCCUCGAGCCUGUCAAGGCCAAGUUCCCUUGGAUCACCUACUCCGAUCUCUGGAUCCUCGGCGGUGUUUGCGCCAUCCAGGAGAUGCUUGGCCCCCAGAUCCCCUACCGCCCAGGUCGCCAGGACCGUGAUGCUGCUGGUUGCACUCCCGAUGGCCGUCUUCCUGAUGCCUCCCAGGCUCAGGACCAUCUCCGCAACAUCUUCUACCGCAUGGGCUUCAACGAUCAGGAGAUCGUUGCUCUUUCCGGUGCUCACGCUCUCGGCCGCUGCCACGCAGAUCGCUCCGGCUUUGACGGCCCCUGGACUUUCUCCCCCACCGUUCUGACCAACGAUUAUUACAAGCUGCUCCUCGACGAGAAGUGGCAGUGGAAGAAGUGGAACGGCCCCAAGCAGUACGAGGACAAGAAGACCAAGUCCCUCAUGAUGCUCCCCGCCGAUAUGGCCCUCAUCCAGGACAAGAAGUUCAAGCAAUGGGUGGAGAAGUACGCCGCCGACAACGAGCUCUUCUUCAAGGACUUCUCCAAUGUCAUUGUCAAGCUCUUCGAGCUCGGUGUUCCUUUCGCCGAGAACUCCGAGCGCUGGGUCUUCAAGACCGUCAAUGCUUAGGUCAGUUUUUCCAGCACCUAGCCACAAGCAUGACGGACUAGAGGAAGACGCGCAAUCGAGUCAUACCAUGACUUGGUCUUGGGGAGCGCUUGGAAAGAAUUAUUGGGUCAGCGAUACAAUCACGAUCGUGCCCAGAUGUUUGAUGGAUGGGGAAACAGUUAUGAUGAGCCUGCAGCAGAAAGAGGAUUCUGGAAAAAAGUGUUGAGGGUUCAGAUGAGGAAGGGCAUAGACUUUCAAGCUACCUCCUCGUGUAUAUCAUAUCUCGGCAUACUCACUUCCUUUUCCUCAUGGGUUUGAGAGUUACUUACAGGCGCGUUUUGUGUUUUAGAUGUUAGCGAGGAC